AUGCCUCUCCAUUUUAUAGAAUCCGAAAAAGGAAAGAAGAAGCUUGUUGUUCAUGGCUAUUUCUUUUAUAAAGACAAGGAGCGUGAAGAUAAAAUAUACUGGAAAUGUGACAAAUAUCACAAAAUAAGGUGCAAAGCGCGAGUAACUACGUGUGACGGUGAAAUUGUAGCAGAAGUGACUGAGCAUAAUCAUGUUUGUGAUGCGGCCGAGAGUGAAGCACAAAAAAUUGUGGAAAACAUACGUAAAAAAGCCAAAUCUUCCACAGAAGCACCUCAUGCACUAAUAUCAAACGAGCUUAAGAAUUGCAGUGAAGCAGCUGCUUGUAGACUUCCAAAAACACAGACGAUGAAAAGGACAAUAAGACGUAUCAGAUUUGAGAAUAAUUGCCUGCCACCACUUCCACAGUGCCAAAGUGAAUUGACUCUUACUAGCGAGUAUACGAAAACGUUUCAAGGUGAAAAUUUUUUAAUUUUCGACUCUGGACCACCUGAAAAUCGCAUAUUAAUUUUUGCUACUUCACGUAACACUCAUCUUCUAGAAAAUAGUGAUCAUUGGUAUGGGGACGGAACAUUCAAAACCGUUCCGUUGUUAUUUUAUCAGCUAUAUACAUUCCAUGGAUUUCAAGAAAAUAGAGCAAUUCCGCUUGUCUAUGCAUUACUUCCAGAUAAGUCAGAAGCAUCUUACAAUACGCUACUAGAGAAGAUUAAGAUCAAUACACAUUUUUCGUCUCCUUCCUCGAUAACUAUUGAUUUUGAACACGCAAUGAUAAAGGCAUGCAAAAAAGAAUUCCCAAGCGUGGUAUUAAAAGGAUGUUUCUUCCAUUUUUCUCAGUGUAUCUUUCGUGCCAUCCAGGCUAAUGGACUGAAAAGAAGAUAUGAAGAGGAUGCAGAAUUUGCUCUAAAUCUCCGUUAUUUGCCCGCCAUAGCAUAUGUGCCUGUUGAUUCGGUAGUCAGUGCAUUUGAAUUGCUAUGUGAUGCUGAUAUCCUCCCGAGUGAAGCAGAAGUCGUAGUGGACUAUUUUGAAGAUACGUGGAUAGGCCGUCCUGACAGAAGAAACCGUCGUAGACCUCCCAAGUUUGAGCUCGAGAUGUGGAAUGUUUAUGAAUCUGCUUUACUAUCCCAACCGAAGACAAAUAAUGCGGUAGAAGGCUGGCACCGAACUUUUGAAACACAAGUUGCUGGGCACCACCCUAAUAUAUGGAAGUUUUUCGACUUCUUGAAGAAGGAACAAAAUUAUAAUGUAAAAGUUGACCAAUUCUUAGCUGGUACUUCAUCUCAACCAUCAAGAAAGAAAUACCGUGAUUCUUCUGAACGAAUAAAACGGAUUGUUGAAAAAUACUCUUCGUAUAGCGAUGUCAUUGAUUAUCUGCGGGCAAUAGCCCAUAAUCUUGCUUUCUGA